GUUUGGCUGGAGUUGAUCAGAAGGAGCCUAUAAAUUCAUCUCCUUCUGCACGGAGUACAGCGUACAGUGCAGUAAAUACACUGCCACAACAUGUCACAUUCCAGCAAACAGUUCAAUAGUGGACCCUCGUACGGAUUAACAGCAGAAGUCAAGAACAGAAUUGCCCAGAAAUAUGACAUUCAGAAGGAGGAGGAACUGCGAAUCUGGAUCGAGGGGAUCACUGGGAAGCAGAUUGGGGAGAACUUUCAAAAAGGUCUGAAGGACGGAGUCAUCCUCUGCGAGCUCAUGAACAAAAUCAAACCCAACUCUGUGAAGAAAAUCAACAGGUCUGCUUUAAACUGGCAUCAGCUGGAAAAUCUGUCGAAUUUUAUCAAAGCAAUGCAGAAUUAUGGCAUCAAACCACAUGACACUUUUGAAGCAAAUGACCUGUUUGAGAAUGGGAAUUUGACCCAGGUACAAACAGCACUACUGGCCUUAGCAAGUAUGGCUAAAACCAAAGGGGUGCAGGCUGGAGUUGACAUUGGUGUCAAAUAUGCAGACAAACAGGAGAGAUCGUUUGAUCAAGAGGUCUUAAAUGCAGGACAAUGUGUCAUCGGACUUCAGAUGGGAACCAAUAAAUGUGCCAGCCAGACUGGGAUGAGUGCUUAUGGUACCAGACGACAUCUCUACGAUCCAAGAGCUCAAAUCCCUGCUGCGGUGGACCAGUCUACUAUCAGUUUACAGAUGGGAACCAACAAGGGAGCAAGUCAGGCUGGUAUGACCGCACCAGGCACCCGAAGACCCAUUUAUGACAAGAAGAUGGGCACCGAGCAGUGCGACAACAGUACGGCGUCUCUGCAGAUGGGGAGCAACCAAGGAGCCAACCAGAGUGGCACCAACUUUGGACUUGGCCGCCAGAUCUACGAUCCCAAGUAUUGUCCAAAGGCUGAGCAAGGACAGAAUGGAAGUAAUUCAGAUUACAAUGCAGAGUACGUCCCGGAGCACCCAGCUGAUUACCCUGGGCAAUACCAAUGAAUCCAUUAUUGCAGUGUGGACACUGAAGGAACAGCUCCAGUUUUAUGUGGUCAUUUCUCACACAGCAACAUUCCCUCUUCUCUGUUGAAUGUCUACAUUCCAAAUAUGUUUACUUUAGCAAUUGUGAGCAGAAGCUGAUAAUAAUUUACUUUCUAAAUCCCUUUGUUUGUUUAACUUGCAUUACAAUCCUGUGGUAACUGGGAAGGGAAGGUAUUUGUUUCAUUUUGAAAGUAUGUUCUUGAAAUUUAAGGCAAGGCUUUUACUGGAGUCAGUAUGAAGCAGCUGACAGUUGGGUGAGGGAGGGGUGAAAAUUGUUGAUUCAGUAGUGAAGUGGCUGGUAAAAGCACUUAAUGAUAAUUGUUAGAUUCUCCGGUAAUUGCUUCAACUCCCUAUACAUUUCAUUUUGAGGUUAGAGCAGAUUGAUUUUAAGGCUUUGCUGUUUGAAAUUAAUACAUAUUUCCCUUUUAACAAAAAGAAAUUGGGAAUCUAAUGUUUGCAAAUCCCAGUUGUCCGAGAGAGAAGGCUAACUGGGAAAAUGUAGCCACCUGUUUCUAAUUUUUCCAGCCUGCCAAUUUCAAUAACAUUCCAAGGUCGCUGUGUUUACAAUUUUCUUUGUUGCUUCUCAAAACAAACUGGAUUCUUUUCAAGCCUGACUAACAUUCCAAAGGGUUAGUGAUCAGGAGAAUGUGGCAGAAUAAAACUUUGGGACCAAGUCUCCUAUAAGACAUAGGAUCACAGCUUGCAGGAGAUCUUGCAGACUUUAUCAAGACUGCAAGCUGAUCUUUUUUUCUCCUAAAGUCUGAUUUAGUGCUUUGACAAACAGCUUUUUACAAAAUAAACUGGAAUUUGGCUAUGCUGAACCUGCUGAGCCUCAGUACUCUACGUCAUGUGACAUGCUUCUUGCGCAUUCCGUUCAAACCACCCUCCAUCUACCAUCACCUCCCUCCAGUCAUUUUCCAGCUUAAAAGCUGAACGCCAAAAGCUUGGAGCUCAAAAUGCUACUGGCUUGUUUCUAUUUCAAAAGUGGAGUGAAAAAUACUGCUGAAAUCUUGGUAAUCCAGAUCAUUGGAGAUUAUAAAAAGGAAAAGGAUGACCAGCAAGUUAGCGCAGCGAAUUACGUGAUUCUUUUUUUAAAAUCGUGUUUGAAUAGACAAGUGCAGAGAAGCUAUAUGCUUUAGGCUGUCAGCACUCAAUGAUGUAUCUGAGUUCUGAUUCCUGAAGGCUCCAAGGCUAGGAAACUAGUGUAUUUUCUUUGAAAAUGCAAGUUUAAACUGGUACUACAAAAAUUUAAUAGUGUGAAACGGCAGAUGCCAAAAGUGUGAAAUGGAAAAUGCUGGAAAUAUUCAGCUCGUUAGGCAGUUUCUACAGAGAGCAAAACAGAGUUAACAUUGACUUGUCUCACUCUGCAGAUGCUGCCUGACAUUUUGGAUAUCAAAGUAAAGUUUAUCAUACAAUGAAAACCUUACUGCCAGCAGCAGAACAGUCACGUAGCGUUAUAUAAGCAGCAUUCACAAAAAAACCCAUAUAAAUUAUACCAAAGUUUUACAAAAUCUUUGCCUUGAUAUUUCCAGCAUUUACUGCUAUUAUGCCUUUGGACUAUACUGUAGAGCACUUGUCACAAAUGGGAGUACUCUCUAUACAGUGUAUGCAGUUCUCUUUUAAUCCAAUUAUUAAAUGUUUUUGUAUUUUGUAGUGUGUAUUUUUUGAAUUAUAUUCCGCUUC